AUGGCCGGUGCAAUUAAGGAAACGGUCUCUAACCUAAUUGAAAAAUUCCAGGGCUCUGCCGAAGAAGCUCCCCGCGAACCCUCGGCCGAAGAGUUCCAGCAAUUACAGCAGAAAUAUGCCGACGCUGGUCAAGGGCACGUAUUUGCCUUUGUUGACGAGUUGAAGCCUGUCGAGAAGGCUCGGCUCUUCCACCAGGUGUCCAACUUUGACCCCACCCGCAUCAACGAGCUGGCCACCACGGCCUUGAACCCUCCCAAGACCGAGCAGACGACCGUGUCGCUCGAGCCCCUGCCAGAUGUGGCGACGGCCUCGAUUCUCGACUCUGAUCCCUCGGAUAUCCAACGGUGGUACGAUGAAGGCUUGAAGCAGGUGGCAGAGAACAAGGUGGCGGUGGUGUUGAUGGCCGGUGGGCAGGGAACCCGGCUCGGCAGCUCUGCUCCCAAGGGAUGUUUCGACAUCGGUCUUCUGAGCCAGAAGUCUCUGUUCCAGCUCCAGGCUGAGCGGAUCUCCAAGCUGCAAUCUCUGGCCCAGAAGGUGAAUGGUGCUGAGGCGACCAUCCCCUGGUAUGUCAUGACUAGCGGGCCUACGCGCAAGCCGACGGAGGAGUUUUUUGAGAAGCACGGCUACUUUGGUCUGAACAAGAACAACGUGACCAUUUUCGAGCAAGGCGUGCUGCCUUGCAUCUCCAACGAGGGCAAGAUCAUGUUGGAAACCAAGGGCAAGGCUGCAGUGGCCCCCGAUGGCAACGGCGGUAUCUACCAGGCUCUCGUGACGUCGGGUGUGCGGGAGGACAUGCGCCGCCGCGGCGUCCAACACAUCCAUGCCUACUGCGUGGACAAUUCCCUGGUCAAAGUGGCUGACCCCGUGUUUAUUGGGUUCGCUGCUUCCAAGGAUGUCGACAUUGCCACCAAGGUGGUGCGCAAGCGCAAUGCCACCGAGUCGGUGGGCCUGAUCCUGCUCAAGAACGGCAAGCCGGACGUGGUUGAGUACUCCGAGAUUGAUAAGGAUACGGCCGAGGCCAAGGACCCCAAGCAGCCCGAUGUGCUGAAGUACCGCGCCGCUAACAUCGUCAACCACUACUACUCAUUCCGCUUCCUCGAGUCGAUUGAGACCUGGUCGCACAAGCUGCCGCACCAUGUGGCCCGCAAGAAGAUCCCCUGCAUCGACCCCAGCACCGGGGAUGUAGUCAAGCCCGAGAAGCCCAACGGCGUCAAGCUGGAGCAGUUUGUCUUUGACGUGUUCCCCAUGACCCCGCUGGACAAGUUCGCCAGUAUUGAAGUGCGCCGCGAGGACGAGUUCUCGCCUUUGAAGAACGCUCGUGGCACGGGCGAGGAUGACCCGGACACCAGCCGCCGGGACAUCAUGAACCAAGGCCAGCGAUGGAUCGAGAAGGCCGGCGGCGUUGUCAUCACCGACGGUGAGGCAUUUGGCGUUGAGGUGUCUCCUUUGAUCAGUUACGGCGGCGAGAACCUCGAAUUCCUCAAGGGGCGGGAGAUUAAGGCGCCAGCGAUCCUGGAGAAGGAGGAGUAG